UGCGAAGAAGACCCUGCAUUGAUAUAUUUAUGGCCGUUACCGAGAUUUCAAUUUCAUUAAAUGUAAAAAAAAAAAGUGCCUCUGUGUAUCUAAAGCUUAAUAUCUGUGGGCCGUUUCCGUAAAAAAAGUGCCUCUGUGUAUCUAAAGCUUAAUAUCUGUGGGCCGUUUUCGAAAAAAAAAAAAGUCUAUGUCUUCAAAUAGAUUACCCCAAACCUAAACGUGGAUUUGAUCUUGCGUGUUCUUCGCCGAUAUUCUCUUGACAAUUGAUCAAGUAACGUAUCUAUCAUGGCCUUACACGUAUAUGUUCAUGCACCGGAAUUGCCAUUGCUUUGUCUUCUGUGGAGUUGCUCGGCGUGUGUUCAAUCUAAGCUCGUGUUGUGUUGAUUCUAAUAUUAAAACUAAGCCCUGCGCCUGUGGUCGGCCUCUUUAUUUGCACGGCCACGGCGUUGUUGUGAGUUGAUAAACGAAUUAGAAUUUUUUACUUUUUUUUUUUUUUUUUUGAUGUGAAAAUAAAAAAAAAAAAAAAAAAAUUUUAUCAUUUUUUUUUUUUUUUUUUUUUUUUUGUGGUUGAUAUAAAAAAAAAAAAAAAAAGCUGUGUUUGUGACCGGAUCCAGGUGGAUAUUUCUGGCGUGUUUAUAGCGUGGGGCUUAUCUGAAAUUAAUUCCGAGUAAAUCCUUUUUGGAACUUCUCGUAAAGGUGACCGAGUGCGUGUUUUAAUGCUUAUAACAAAAACCGUUUAUUUGCUGGUCCUCCCAGUGGCAUAAUUAGACUCAAGGCAAAAAAGUGUGUGUGUGGGGUAGGGGGGGGGGUGUUACCAAAAAUUAAGUCAGUCACGAUUAAACACUUUACGCUUUUGAUUUUUUUUAAUAACAAAAAUCCCAUAUAUAGAUUUAUAUAACUUUAUUGUUUACUCAACAAAUACCAGAGGCAACAAGAUUUUCACUAGCCUCCCCCCCCCCACUCAAAAGAACAACAACAACCAAUCCCCACCCCUGCAUCUGCCCCUGGUGAAACAUUUCUAACACAAACGUCAGUAGCGCAGUUACAUUCAGGAUCUGAGGCAACAACAAUAAUGACAGUUUAAGACUGCUGAAUGAUUGUAAAGCUUUGCAUUCUAUUGUGCCAUCUGAUGUGACACACAUCAAACAGCCCCCCCCCCCCCCCCAAUGGUUGUUGUGGCCGGCACGUUGGUGAGACGGAGAUUUCUCAUUGCAUUACACCUCCAUACAAAUAUUGAUGUUUUUUAAUCAGUGCUGGCCAAAUAAAUAUUACUUCAAAAUCGUGGGAACCUGAUGUAAUCUCACUGCUACCCAGAGUGAUUAAAUAAUCUCAAUGCUUCGCGGAGAGUUAAAUAUAAUCUCAGUGCUUUCCGGAGAGUUAAUAUAAUCUCCAUGCUUCGCGGGGAGUUGCUAAAAAUCUUGAUGCUUCGCGGAGAGUUGCUAAAAUAUUGAUGCUUCGCGGAGAGCUGCAUAAAUAAUCUCAAUGCUUCCGGGAGAUCUGAUAUAAUCCCAAUUCUUCGUGGAGAUCUGAUAUAAUCUCAAUGCUUCCUUGAGAUCUGAUAUAAUCUCAAUGCUUCUUGGAGAUCUGAUAUAAUCCCAAUUUUUCGUGGAGAUAUGAUAUAAUCCCAAUGUUUCGUGGAGAUAUGAUAUAAUCUCAAUGCUUCCCGGUGACCUGAUAUAAUCUCAAUACUUCCUGGAGACCUUAUAUAAUCUCAUGUUUCCCGGAGACCUGAUAUAAUCUCUUGCUCCCGGAGACCUUAUAUAAUCUCAAUGCUUCCCGGAGACCUGAUAUAAUCUCAUGCUUCCCGUAGACCUGAUAUAAUCUUUCUAGUCAAGCUGUUAACAAAUCCAGUGACGAUGGUUUCAUUACAGUUAAAUGAUACAAACGAACCGAACACACCAGACCCACAAGCAGACACGGAAAUACUGACAAAUGCACACUCAAACACAAAAACACAGACAAAUACUCUUAUAGACGCACACAAAUACACUAACAAAAAUAAUAAUCCGAAAUGCUAAUAUAAUGCAAUCCUUUCUGUCAUUAUUUUUUGACAAAGCAGAAGCUGACGUCACGUUCAGCUGACGGCCAUAUUUUUUUAAAAUUUCUUCUUACGGUUUAUCAAAGUCUGCUUGGCUGUGUGCGUCGACUGCCUGGCCCAUGUCCUACCUGGCCCAUGUCCUAUCUGGCCCAUGUCCUACCUGACCCAUGUCCUACCUGGCCCAAGUCCUGUCAUGAACCUUCAAAACUCGACCUUCGUAUAAGAGAAUAAAGCACGUUAGUGGGAGAUAGACAUUUAGUGGUAGACUCGUAAUCCAGCCGGGCAAAGCAGGUUGAACUUACCUGACAACGUUGAAAUGUUACAAAGACUGUUACAAAGACGUGUCUUUGUUGCAAUUUAAGCUGUGGACACAACGACUUCAUUGAUGGGGCACGCAAACGUCCUUAUUGGAACACGUCAACUUCAUUAAUGGACACAUCAAAUUCAUUGAUGGGACACUCCAACUUCAUUCAUAGGACACACCCACUUCACUGAUGGGACACACCAAAUUAAUUUAUUUGACAUACUAACACCAUUGAUGGACACAGCAACUUCAUUGAUAGGAAAAAUCAACUUCAUUGAUUUGACACACCAGCUUCAUUGAUCUGACACACAAGCUUCAUUGAUUUGACACAUCAACUUGAUUAAUGGGACACAUCAACUAAAUUGAUUGGACACAUCAUCUUCAUUGAUUUGACAUGGGAACUUCGUUGAUUUGACACAUCAAUUUCAUUCAUGGAACACCCAAAUUUCAUUAAUGAGACACACUCACUUCAUUGAUUUGACACACCAACGUCAUUGCUUUGACACCCCUAUUUCAUUGACACGGACACGUAGAAAAAAAUAAUAAGCUCCAGUGGUCACGGGCGUACCUUGAAAUGUUUCAGCGCACUUUCCUCCGCCUGUUUCAGCGCACUUUCAUCCGCCUCUUGUUUCAGUCAGAUAAAAUUCGGUGCCUAAAAUGUGCAUCUAUUUUGAACAGGAACGAGCUUCUCUAAACAUAUUGGUGGGCCUCGAAACCAUUCAACAGGGCUGCAGGUCGAUCGCUCUAUUCUCAACUUUUUAAAAAUGUGUUUGUUAUAGUUUAUUAUUUUUAUUUUUUAUUAUUCUUUUUAAAUAUAAAAAAAUUCAAUAUUUUUAUUUUACAUUGAUUUUUCUGAUCCCAUCUUUAUGAUGUGUUUUUUUUUACCCCUUGUCAAAAGCGUCUGUAUUUGCUAAUACAGUCUCCACCGAUAAAACAGUAUUCGAUUAUCUGAUAGAAUUUAAACAAACUGAACGUGCUCGACCCACGCAAAGAUAAACGAGGAAUCGCAAAUAGUGGGAGGGGGGGUGGCUGCGGCUGCGAUGACGAUGGAUUUAUUCCAUCGAAAGAAAAUCAAACGUUUACCUUAUCGUUUACCUUAUCGUUUACCUCAUCGUUUACCUUAUCGUUUACCUUAUCGUUUACCUUAUCGUUUACCUUAUCGUUUACCUUAUCGUUUACCUUAUCGUUUACCUUAUCGUUUACCUUAUCGUUUACCUUAUCGUUUACCUUAUCGUUUACCUUAUCGUUUACCUUAUCGUUUACCUUAUCGUUUACCUUAUCGUUUACCUUAUCGUUUACCUUAUCGUUUACCUCAUCGAAGGAUUUUUAUUUUAUUUUUUUUUAAGAAUAAAAUGUAUCCGUGAAUCUUUCAUUGGAAAAAAAAUGGUCGUCAUGGAUACGUGAUGGGAUCAUGUUUACGAAAGGAAUGUGUAUUGUCUCCCUUUGCUGGAACCCUUUUUUUUUAUAACUAUCGCAAAAGUAUCGCUGUCUCGGAUGACUUCAGUGGCAAAGUAACAUUACUUUCUGAAACAAGAAGAUAAGAACGUGAUUUAAGACAAAACAUGGUUUAAAAAAUUAUUACAUCGUUUUUUUUUUCUUUAACAAAAGGGCAAGUAAUUUUUUUUAAAGUUUUAUUCAUUUGUUUAUUUUUAAAUAAUGGGUUUUGGGAAAAGACACAAAAAAAUGGGGGGGGGGGGCAGUUAACAUGAUGUUUAAAAAAUUAAAUAAACAUCCAUAUUAAUAAAUAAGCUGGUGAGUUUUUUACAAAAGGGCAAGUAAUUUUUUUUAAAGUUUUAUUCAUUUGUUUAUUUUUAAAUAAUGGGUUUUGGGAAAAGACACAAAAAAAAUGGGGGGGGGGGGCAGUAAACAUGAUGUUUAAAAAAUUAAAUAAACAUCCAUAUGAAUAAAUAAGCUGGUGAGUUUUUCUAUGGGCAUAUUCCUUGUCUGAUGUGUGCAAAAUUAAUAGAUAUUAGAAUGCGUUUUACUGGGGAAAUUGUCCCUUGCAGACGUGUACGGUGCCCACUUUUACCACACGUUUGGGAGUUUAAUCUUGUAUUCACCGCGAGGGGAGAUGGAAAUGUUCUGUUAUUAUUCUGAACGUCUAAUGAAACUUUAUUGAACAAUUUGUUUUGAAUAAUAAAGUGUAUGUGCUUAUGGCCUGCUUAUAACUAUGAAGUGUCUCUGGUUUUCAUGGAUACAUAUAUUUGAGUAGUCAAGUUUAGGCAUAGAUUUUUUUUUUAAAGUCAAUAAACAUUGUUUCCUGGGUUAAGAUGUCAUUCGUCGAUCCUAUAUGUCUAUGUCGGCUCGGUUGUCAUUUUGCAUAUUAAGUGUUGGGGGAUGUAGGGGGGUUCCCCUUAUAAUGUGGUGUGAAAUCCAUUAUUUUGUGUUUUCUUUGUAUGAGAUUGCGUUUAUUGAAACUGGUAGGAAAACAAUGUGUUUAAAGAGAAGGCGUGAUACUAUGAGAAAGUUUCCCCGUGUGGAGACGCAAUAUAUCAAUAGCGUUAUCGUCAAGUGCGUGCCAAGAUAGACAACUUAUUACAAAUUUUUUGUUUGUUUAUGUGACUCUGAUGACCCGGAAGUUCUCACUGACAACAUUCUAACUUUGUGCAAAGGAAUUAUAGUAUUACUGCUGUGAUCGUUUUGACCAUUCUGACUUGCCAGGAUACAUAAGAUCUGCACGGAAGAUUUCCAUUGAAGUUUAAAGGUUCCGAUAGUCUAAUUUUAAUAGUGAAACUGCACAUACAUUCAUUAUAGCCAUUAACUUUAUAGUGAGGGUUAAAAAAAAUCAUAAAAAUGGCAGUUCGCUUCAAGACAGUUUUACAAAGGUAACUAGAAAUGUAAAGUUAUUAAAACAAUUGAAAUGUGUUUGGCUUUCUUUAGCGUCACUUUCUUGUUUUAGUUUUAUAUCUUACUGUAGAUAAUUGCUGAUUUAGCUAUUUAAUAUAUCUUCUUCUAUGUCCAAGGGGCCCCACGAUCAAUGUAUCGAUCAUUCUGGCAAUUUCAAUUUGGAAGAUAUGAUUAUUUUAAAGUUUUUAUUCCAUCGAUCCCCAUUAUCAAUGAUUAUAAUCGACGCUUAAAUAAGAACUCCCCAAUCCCAUACCAUCCAAUCCCAUCACCCCACCCCCACCCCCACCCCACCUACCCAAAACAAAUUAACACUCAGACUACCUUAACGUCUUUUGAUAUGAAUGAUUAUUAUCAUGUAGUCAAUUUCAUUCAAACACUUCCGUCGUUAUUGUUUUGUAUAUUCAUUCCACGUUUUUGUGUUUAUUUAUAUUUCAUGCAGGCUAACUUAUUAAAUCCUCUUCUUUAACUUCCUUCAUCCUCGGUGUCUGAGUCCUCAAACGAUAUCUUUUCUUUAAUUUUGCUUUCUCACACGUUCUAUCAUAAGCGGAGAUACUUGGCGUUGUUGAAAAUCUUUCUCCGAUAUAUCGACAUGUUUCCAUUUUUUCGUCAUCUUGUAUAAAAUUCGGAAACAUAUAGACCCCACUCCCUCCCAAAACCAGUAGAAAAAAAAAACAGUUAACUAUACUUAAAUGAUCUAAUUACAAUACUAUUCAUACCAAAACCCCUUGACUUACGCUGUGUGCCAAGCCUUCGGGCAAUGGACAAAGAAGCUCUUAUGGUUAAAUUGUGCUGUUGGGUUUAAUGUAUUCACGUUUCUUUGUGUGUGUAUGUUCUCCAAACGAGUGAUCAGAUUUCAUAGUAUUGUCAUACAAUCUAUUGGAAAGCCCUGAGACAGGGCAAACACUCGAGAUCAGUGGUUCUCAAAAUUAGCUAUUUUUAUGACAUCUGGCACCAGCUGUUAGUUUCUCGGCUCGUUAUUGAUGGUGUUGUUAUAGAGUUCCAGUUGCUAUUGCUGGUGUUUUCUUAUUGUUCCACGAGUUAUUUUUCUACAGUAGCUUUUUGUUUUGUUGUCGCUCUUAUAAUACUGUGUGUCUUUAUUGUUUUUGUCCUUAACGUUAUUAUUUCGCUUGAUUUUUUUUUUCCAAAGUUGUUAUUUCUUUAAUUGUUUAAUUUUUUCAUCAAGUUAUCGUGUUCGAUGUUGUUUUAUCAAGUUAUCGUGUUCGAUGUUGUAUUUCCUGACGUUAUCGUUGCUUUUAUUAUGGCAUGAUUCAGGAGGUGUAGGAAGGGUAGGUCACCCCCCCCCCUUUUGCGACACAUUUUUUUUUAAUGUGUAGGAGCUGAAUUUUCGUUGUUUUUUUUUCGUUAGGGGGGGGGGUGGUGGCAAAGUUCUUGACCCACCUCACGUGGUGCUAACCCCUAACUGCACCAUGUUACUGCUGUACCAACAUUUCAUCUUGAUAACCCUCACACCCAGAUGGUUAAACCUCAAAGAUGUUAAAAGAGUGCUUUGUACUGACAGGAAAUACAGUCAAGGCAAGAUGGAGAACGAUGUGCUCAACCCCAAAGAUAGUUCCAGACCUCUAUUCGUGAGGCCACUUUGUAAGUAAGUUUUACGUCUAACCACUAUGACGUUUUCUAUUCAAUUUUUUUUUUUGUGGACAUUGAAUUCUGCAACUUUUUAAACAAGACUUAUGGGGAGUGAAGGGACGAUGCGUGACCACAUAAGACAUGAAGAUCUUUGGGUUAAGGAGAAACUGAGCUUUUGAGAAUGGUCAGGAAACAAAAGCAUGUGUUCAUUCUUCGACUCGCCCUCCUCCCCCCACCCCUCCUCCUCCCCCCCCAAAAAAAGCAAUUGAUCACUGAUUCUUGUGUUUUUCGGAGUCCCCAACGUUCUCUUACUCAAUUUUUUUUUUCCAGAAAAAAAAUCUCACAGAUUGUUGUUUUGCUUGAAUUAGGUCACUACAAUUUUUUAGACUCAAACAUCAUGAUGUUUUGUUAAAAGGUGGAUUCCUCCUUACAAUGUCAAUGGAAAAUAACUUUGAGAUCAACCCAACUGCUAACUUUUUACACAACACAAAAAAACGUUUCUGAAUGAAUUUUAGUUUUAAUUUUCUGUUUGAAAAAAAUUUAUUAGUAAUCGUGGGCCAUGAAAAUAAAUGUAUUGAAAUAAUCUAAGAUGCCUUAGCUAAGGCCCAUUUAGGUAAGGUGCAUUUAGGUAAGGUGCAUUUUGGUAAGGUGUAUUUAGGUAAGGUGUGUUUAAGUAAGGUCCAUUUUGGUAAGGUGUAUUUUGGUAAGGUGCAUUUGACACUUUUAAACGUAAAUAAAACCCCUUUAAUAAAAAAAAUAUUCGCUUUUAGACAAAUUGAGCACUUUUACGACCAACGGACAUUGUGGUUUUAUUUAAUAACAACUGAAUGGAAAAGCUGUAUACUUAUUUGAAUUCAUUGGCACCUAACGUACUGCACUCUCUCAACGACAGUGAUUCUCAAACUUUGUAAUCUUAAACCAACUUUAUUGACCAUUUAUUUGUAUAGCGAAAAUAAGUUAAUGUGAAAGUAAUUAUUUGCAUUUUUUUUUCUUUCGUGUCAACUUUUUGGUAGAGGUCCAAGUAAAUUGUGUGGAUCUCUGGGAUAUUUCGUUCUAUGAAAUAUAAAUAUAAAUAGAUUUUGUGAUAGAAGACGAUCCCCUAAGCUUGAGUUAGCUCCGUUCCUCGGGAGCUAGAAGAAGCUCAGUUCCCCCCCCUCCCUCACCACCUUUUAUCAAACAAUCGGACUACUCGUGGCUCAUUUUUUGAGAAGCCUCGAUGCACUCCGUGUCUUGUUUACGGUGAGCUUGGAUUAAAUUAGGACGUGUUUGGACUCCAGCGAAACCUCUCUUUAGAAAUUAUAUUGGGCUUGAAGAAUGCUGACCUACUGUUGAUUAUUGCGCCCCCCCCCGCACUUUUCCUAGCCAAUAUGACCUGCUAAGAUUUCAAUCUUCUUUCUCUACACUAAUGGACACGGGAAGGGUCUGGGGUGGGGGNGGGGGGGGGGGGGGGUGGCGGGCUGACACCUGGAGUCGCAAGGAUUUCGCACAAAGCAGAGCUAUUUUCAAAGACAUAGGCCUUUCUCACAGCCUUAUGAUUAAGACAGCUCCGAUACAAAGACGGACGGAACAUGAUCAUAAAACUUGGAAGAAAUUGGUAUUUGGAGGCAAUGGGCACUACCACUAACGUUGCCAUCUGCUAUUAAUGUUUUGCUUGUGGAGGUGGCUGCUUCCUUUUUACAACCGCCCCCCCCCCUAGUCAACAUGUUUUAUAUAAAUAGUAUUGAAUGAAGGUUGAAUUUUUGAAAAUUUUGAAAGUUCUCGCUGGAGUAGCGUUUAUAACCUAUUUAGGUUAACUAUAAAAGUUCAGAAUGUGUUUAUAAAUAUUUCGGAAAAAUCAUGUGAAUGAGAUGCAUAUCAUGGAGGGCAUUCCUUCUGCGAGGUCAUGUGGAAUCGCGUCACAGUUUUGACCGGAUGUCCGAGGUGAUCAGAUAUGUGAAAAUCAACGGUGGGGAAAGUGAGGAAAGGGAUUAUUGGAUUAAAUACCUUCAGACUACGGGCUUAACUCCUGACACGUAACGUGCAAACAAAGGUACGAGAGCUAAGACUUUUUUUUUUUCUGAAUGAGAAACACGGUCAAUUAAGUUGAACACCCAACUGAGCAAGCACUUUGAAAAUCAGUCCAAUCAAAAAAUUCAGCAGUGAGAAGACUAAAUCUGCAAGGGAACCUGAAAGAAGCAGAUAUUAAUUCGACAAAGCCAAAGAUUUGUCCAUCUUUAAAGUUUUGAAAUUCAUAAAUUAUCUUAACGGGACUUUCUGUUAUGUCUCCCAAUCCGCAUAUUAAGCUUAUAAUUAUUUCUCAGGAUCUGUGUGUCUGUGGCCUUACGUGAGAGGAGAUAAGCUUAUAAUUAUUUCUCAGGAUCUGUGUGUCUGUGGCCUUACGUGAGAGGAGAUAAGCUUAUAAUUAUUUCUCAGGAUCAAUGUGUCUGUGGCCUUACGUGAGAAGAGAUAAGCUUAUAAUUAUUUCUCAGGAUCAAUGUGUCUGUGGCCUUACGUGAAAGGAGAUAAGCUUAUAAUUAUUUCUCAAGAUCAAUGUGUCUGUGGCCUUACGUGAGAGGAGAUACUUUUUUUUUAUUUAUUUUAUCCAAACUUAAACUAUAAAAAGAACUCUUGGGAUCCACCAUAAACACGUUCCAAUCUUUCUGGUCCUGCGAUUUUUCAAUUUAAAUUGGAAAGGUAAAGAAUAUUUGAUUUUUAAUCAGUGAUCGACAGAUACGAAUCUUUGAAGCCCUAGAAAAAGUUUUAAAAAAUGUUACCCGACAACAAUUGUUAAGGGCUGUUACCUCAAAUUCUCUGUUUUCUUCUUAUGUCUUUUAUUGCUUUGGGACUUAACUUACAAACAAUACUUUUAGAAUUCUGUAUGAUCUGGUUCAGAAGUAAUCGGUGUAUGUGGGGGGGGGGUGCGAUUGUAGUCCGGAGGGUGUGACUGACUCCAUGAUUUGUGACUGACUCCAUGAUUUGUGACUGACUCCAUGAUUUGUGACUGACUCCAUGAUUUGUGACUGACUAUGAUUUGUGACUGACUCCAUGAUUUGUGGCUGACUCCAUGAUUUGUGACUGACUCUAUGAUUUGUGAUUGACUCCAUGAUUUACUCCAUUGCGUGACGCAAACCACGAUGACGCCCCUGCUCUAGAGCCCGAGUCCGACAAUCCUUGAGACUCGGCGUCCCGCACCAUUAACAGAUGUCUUCCAGCCGACAGUUGUGCUCAUAAAUAAAAGAACGACUGUCGAUGAAAGCGUUUUCUUUACAACGCAGUGUAGCUACAACGAGUGCUCGAUAAGCUUCGUGUUCAAUCAAGCAUGAAAAUAACAGGCAGCAAGUCUUGCUGUACACGUACCGGCACUUGAAACGAAAAGUACGCUCCGUAUAGCACACUGGUAGGACGGCGUUCGAGUGGAACAACCGAUAAUAUCGUACGUUUUAUGUCAAGAGCUAAGGACUUGACGUUGCCAUACUUCUAAACAACCAACGUUAGACAAUGGACUAAAAUUAAAAUGAUUUUUUUUAGAAUAAGAACACAAACACAUGGGGGGAAAAAAGAUGUGCAAGGUGACACAAUAGUUCAGUUGUUUUUUUUAAAUUCCUAUAUUAACUUCACAUUUGUACGUGGUUGUCGAAAUCUUCGGACGGCUAAUUGACCCACUUCCUGUCGACCUAUUGAGCACGAGAUAAAUAUCGAUCACAUGACAUUGGCACCACCAACGAAGGAACUAACAAAGGUAAAGAAUGGAUCCCAUAACAUUGGCACUAUCAAAGAAGGAACUUACAAAUGUAAAGAAUGGAUCACAUUACAUUGGCACUUUUAGAAAUAACAAACUAAUGAAUGUAAACAUUUAGCCACAUAACAUUGGCAAUGUCGGAAAUAAGGAACUUUCGAAUGUGCUCACCAGUCGUACAGAGUGGCAUCAAGAGAUCUUUUCCCAGAAAACAUCAGAACUCGACAUAACUCAUAUGCUUGGUCUGAAUAGAUCCACCUUUUUAUUGGCUUAAUUUCUUUGACGUGACCAGCGCUACCAGUUAAUGUCACCUUACUGUGAUUAACACAUAAUGUCGCCCUUCCACACUUCCCCAUUGACCCCUUCCCAAUCUGCCAGCUCUGGUGGCACCCAGCUCUGGUGGCAGCCUGCUCUAUGGCACCCUGCUCUAUGGCACCCUGCUAUGGUAGCAUCCUGCUCUAUGGCGUCCUGCUAUGGCAGCACCCUGCUCUUUGGCGCCCUGCUCUGUGGUGCCCUGCUAUGGUAGCACCCUGCUCUUUGGCGCCCUGCUCUGUGGUGCCCUGCUAUGGUAGCACCCUGCUCUUUUAUUUAAAUUAUUUCUGAUAUGAACCUGACUCGCGCGAGCUCUGUCAAAUUUACAAUUUUCGGAGCGCCGCCCCAAUGUCGGAAUUUGUAAAUCGAAGGCCCAGCUGAUUAAUUGAUUGAAACUUUGGGCAAUUUUAAACCGUUCACCGUUUUCAGAUCUCAGUCAGUAACUAAACGUUCAUAAUUUGAAACGCCAUUUGUCAUGUGUCAACAUCAAACUUCGAAAUAAACAGAAUGUCACGGGAUGUUGAUGCAAAAGUGUGGGUUUUUUUUUAAAAUAAAUAUUUUAUUUACACUUAAGAUCUGCUUUAUACACUUUAAAGUGUUACAGUUCUAGCUGUGACUUAUGCCCUUAACAUGUACCCUUUUGGCUCUAACUCGUGUCUAAAGUGUUACAGUUCUAGCUGUGACUUAUGCCCUUAACAUGUACCCUUUUGGCUCUAACUCGUGUCUCUGACAAGUUGCCUCCUUGAGCUUACUUGUGUCCCCUGACAAAGUAUCCUUCUAGAUUUAAGUUUACUUUUCCUCAUGAAAAGUACCAAGGUGGUACUGACUUCUUUUUUCCCAACAAGUAACCCUUUAGCUCUGCCUUUUGUCUCCUGAAAGAUACCCAUCAAGUUCUGACUUGUGUCCCCUGCCAGGUACCGUGGGUAUCUACCUGGACGCUGUGGACGCUAAACCAGACAAGAACACGACGGUCGGGUCACAUCACGCCUUCAUGAUGGAUGUCAUGGACAAGAUGCUGGACUAUCUGAGGACCGUUGACUUAGCUAAGGUCAAGGGCACGAUGGAAACGAAACGUAUCGGGAGUGGUGCCGUACUGGAAGGUUUCAAACACGGUUUGUCAGCAUUGGAUUUUUAACUAAAAUUUCCAUCUGAUAUUUAACUGUAUACUUAGAUUUUUAGCCAUGUAUAUACUUUUUUUUGGUCAUUGUUUACCAAUGCAAUUUUUUUUUAUAAACAACUCUCACCAAUUUGCUCUUCCUAGCCGCAUGUUCUUGCUAAUGGAACUAUCUUUAUUUCAAAAGUAAGAUUGUAGUUGGAGCUUUUCACUGAGCCAUCUAGCCUUGGUAAUUUCAUUUCUAAUCUUGUCACUUCAUUAAGUAUACACUAAUCUUGGUUAUUUCAUUGAACCAUCUAAUCUUGGUUAUUCAUUUGCUAUCUAAUCUUUGCCAUUUCAUUAAGUCAACUAGUCUUGGUCAUUUCAUUGAGCUAUCUAAUCUUAUCAUUUCAUUAAGUAUACUAAUCUUGGUUAUUUCAUGGAGCCAUCUAAUCUUAGUCAUUUCAUUGAGCCAUCUAAUCUGGGCCAUUCCAUUGGUCCGUCAAAUCUUGGUUUAUCAUUACCCCCGUAUAAUGUUGUUCAUGUCGUUUAGCUCUCUAAUCUUUGUAAUAUCUCUGGAUCAUCUUAUCUUGGUAAUAUUUUUAGCAAUCUAGUAUAUUGCCUAAAAGGUGUUCCUGUUCUUUUACCUGUCCUGGAUAUUUUAUCAAUUUUAAAUAAUUUUUUUUUUUAAUUCAAUUUUUCUGUUUAUUUGUUUGUAUAAGACAAAUAAACAGAAAAGACAAAAUGUUAUUUUACACAUGUACUUGGAAGCUUUAUCAGUUUCAGUAUAAAUUUGGUGGAAAAGUAAAAGGGAAUGUGAAAGAAUAAUUUUUCAGAUAUAUGUUCUUAAUUAACACAGUUAUCUUUAUUAAAACAUUGUGCUUGCACAGACUGCAUUUUGGCCGUGACCUUCGACACCUCGGAAGCGUUAGAGAGCCUGUGGGCCCUGCACGCUAAGGGCAAGUUGACCGCCAUUUGCCAGGACAUGUUUGUGGACAAGUCGAUGCUGAAGGAGACCAGGACGUCUAAGAUCGUGCUGAGGGCCAAGAUGUGGGAGGACGAGUACAGUGCUUGUAAGGAGGAGAUUCUUAGCAGACCUCCGACACGGCUCAAGCUGUCUCAGUAUGGUAAGUCUUGGAUACUUCUACCUAGGCGCUUAGGGUAAUAUGAUAGAAUUAUUCAGGCUGCGUCUAUAGAUUCAUUAGGGAAUAUUUUGUUUGAUCAUUGAAUCAAGAUGAUUUGAGUCGCUUUGGACAGAUGAGUAUCAAGUCUUUAUGGACAGGUGAGUAUGAAAUCGUUAUGGACACGUGAGUUUUAAGUCGUCGUUAUGGACAGGUAAGUAUUAAGUUGAUAUGGACAGGUGAGCAGAGGCGUAGCUACGGGUGGCAGAGGGGGGACAUACGUUCCUUGACGCCAGACAAGUUAGGGGCGCCAAAAAAUGCUUUGAAAUUAUUUUAUUGACGAAAAUAAUGGGUUUGAGAGUGGAAAAAAAAAGAAAUGGAGGCGCUUGGAAAUGAAUCUAGUCCCCGGGCGCCAAACACUCUAGCUACGCCUCUGCAGGUGAGUAUCAACUCGUUAUGGACAUGUGAGUUUUAAGUCGUCGUUAUGGACAGGUGAGUUUCAAAUCGUUAUGGAGACAUAAGUUUUGAGUCAGUGUGGACAGGUGCGUCUUUGUUGUGUUGUGUUUUAGUUAGCAUUGUGUGUCAUUUUAAGUUGCUAUGAAUUAUUUGUCUAAUACACCUAUACAAUUAAAAUUGUCAAUUAAUUUCAGUUUCCUUAAACAUGCGUUACUUUCAGAAUUUAAUUUAUAAAUUUUGCAGUUGCUAAGCUAAGACUCUAUUACAUAGCUUAAGUUUAUAUACUACAAUGAACAAUUAUAAUAUUACCUCUUCUGCAUUUCGGCUCAUACAACUGUGUCGCUUAUCCUAGCGUCAGAGCCUAAGACCAUUUUCUGUAUUAAUGAAUCGUGACGCUGUCUACCUCCCAGAGAAUGACCUGGCUAUGGUCCAGAGAGUCAAGAACUACCAACAAGCGAUGCCCGACACCAUCGUCCGGGCCAGGGACUACGAGAGCGCGUUCGAACACAACCUUGGGGAGUUCAUGCUGGCGGUGAAGAGGUCGCUACCGCAGUCGACGGCUGUCUUGCGCAGCGUGAAAGAGUUCCACACCAACAUUCGGGUGGCCAGGGGGGUUAAGAAAACUGGCUUCGAGCCGGUGGAUCAUUACAUGCAAGCCAUCGAGUUCUUCAGGAAGUACGCAGCCAUCUCAUGCUUUGUGUCCUUCUCACAUUGUGUUGCUGGUUGUUUUUGUUUUUAUGUUGUUGUUUUUUGUUUUUAUGUUGUUGUUUUUUGUUGUUGUUUUUUGUUGUUGUUGUUGUUUUCUUAUGUAUGACAUUUUGUGUAAAAUACUAUUAAUACCUCACAGACGUUCUCAACUUAUUGCACAUGUGUCAAUUUCAUGUGACAACGUCAUGAUGCGUCACCUUUCCCCCAUGGCGUAAAGGGUCAGGCAGGUUUGGAUCCGUUGAACGCCAGGUAGCUCACGAGCUAAAAAAAAUUUUUAAAUUUUUGUGUGCACAAUAUGUCCAAUAGUAAUUAUUAUUUUUGUGUGCACAAUAUGUCCAAUAGUAUUUAUUAUUUUUGUGUGCACAAUAUGUCCAAUAGUAUUUAUUAUUUUUGGGGGAGAGGGCGCCUAAAUCCAGGCUUUCUACGGACGCAGCUUUUGCUUGUAUUGGUCUUGGACUACCAUGCUCAGCAAAGCGUGUAAAGCCAAAAACAAAAUAUUUUUACUGCAUUUGUAAACAAAACAAAAUAUCACGCAGUGUCAUUAUAAGGCCGGAACAAUCAUUUAAUUUUUUUUUAAAUUAGUUAGAUUAACAUAAAAAAAAACAAGUUGUAUAAAUUAGUUUAGUUUUGUUUGUAUCAUUUACUUUGUUUCGUUAUGCCGUUUUAUUUAAAAUGCACUAUUAUCUAAAAAAAAAUUAAUAAUCUUUUAUCGCCCCUUCAUUAUAUUUUAUGGUCAUUGGUGACUAUUGUUUUUAAUUAGCAGAGUUCAGUGGCGUAGAUAAGUCUAGUGCCGCCCAAGGCUAGGGCGUGGACUUUCGCGUUCACCCCACGACUAAAUUUACUGAAUCUGGUUCGAAAAUGCCGCCCCGUGGUGUCAAGAAAAAAGUGCCCACCCCCUUUCUACGCCCCUGCAAGUGUUGAUCUGGACAAGAAUAGUUUGUUUUACUUUUGAUAUCUUCAUAAAAUCGUCAGGCUAACUCGCUGAUCGCACAACGAUACACUACAUAAUAAAGAUUGUAGAUAGAUAUAUGUAUAUCAAUGUUAUUGUCCUUAAUAAGAAAAAUGUGCCAGACUCAUUCAAACCAUCCCUCAAACAUGCCCUCCUUCCUUUUUUUUUUUUAACUCAACAUCACGCAACCGAUUUAAUUUUUGUCACUUAUCAUAACAAGACUUGUUAUAUGCUUAGUAUUUGUAGCUUGGGAAAAGUAUUUCUUCUUAUCAUUUUACUAAAAAUGUACCAACUAAAAAUCUAUCUAUCUAUUGAUGUAUUAAUGACUAACCCAUUAUCUGUUCUUUCAACAGAGUAUUUGCUGAAGUGGAGGCCAACAUUGUUUUCCCAUUGUGUCAGGUCCGAGCGCACUGCGAAAACGAGAAACAGCAAAACUUGAAGAAGGCCAUUAAGGACGGGUGCGCCGAGAUGGCCGCAUUUCUGAAACCGGAAGCAGAUCUGGGGAAAAUUUGCUACAAAGACUGGGAGAUGAAAGUCUUGAAACGAGAACAGGGCCUGUUCUACGGCCUGAUUAGCCUCGUCCCCAUGGGACUGGACAGACUGACGACCAUUGACGUCAAUACGGAUGAAUACAUCAUGGACUUCGUUGAAAUGGCGCAGUGAUUUGAGCACAUACUGGCGUUGUCCCAAGGGAUUCAAGAUAACAGACAAUCAUAACAGGGACUACUUUUUAUACAGAUUUUGACCGCAGUUUUUUCUUAUGUGCGGAUGCUGUGUUUUGUUUUUUUUUAACUUGAUGGUCAUACACUUUUUAUAUUAUAAUGAUUCUUAUCCCAUAUCUGCAUUAUAAAUUUUAACAUAGUAGGACAAGGAAUGUGGAAGCUUAAAACAAAAGACAGGACAUGAACAAUAUAUGAACAUGUUGGCUAAGAGGUUUCCUCGACAGACAGGACGUAUGAAGACACGACAAGAAAUAGAGAAGAGUUCAAAAUUUAAGCGAUCGCCAUUGUUAUUGCCGGAAGUUGUAUUCUAAUCGAACCCAGUCCUUCAUUUAUUAAAUUUUGACACUGGCCAAAUAAAUAUUUUGAAGCCUUUUGAUAUUGAGGCAGUUUUGGCUUUUAAAGUAAUUGAGCAAGUUAACUAGUACUGUGUACUCACAAACUAAUCUACUAGAAAAAGUUAUUAUUCUGGCCACUUUAAUCAAAAGGUAGGUUUGCAAACAAUAAUAUAUAUAUUUUUUUCUCAUCUUGAUAUAGCCUCUAAGAAAACUGGCAUCAUGAAAUAGCUUCUAACAAAACUGGCAUCAUGAAAUAGCCUCUAACAAAACUGGCAUCAUGAAAUAGGCUCUAACAAAACUGGCAUCAUGAAAUAGCCUCUAACAAAACUGGCAUCAUGAAAUUAACAAAACUGGCAUCAUGAAAUAGCCUCCAACAAAACUAGCUUAAAGUGUUGGAGGGUUCAUUAACUUAUCUAUUUUUUAAAAAUAAUUAAGCUCUAUUUUCUUCUUUUUUUUCAUUAUUUGUUUUAAUAAUAUAACAAAAUGAUAUAUUUAAAGAACCAAGAAUGUGCUAUGACCAGAAGUUUAAAAAAAAUAAUUAAACAUACUUUGUAAAAAUGUUUUAUCAUUAAAAAAUGUGUGUUAAAUUAUCAACCCUG